UCGCCUCUGUUAGUCCUGAGACGGCAGACCCUCCCCCUCCCUCCCUCACUCUUCCAGAGUCCGUGUCCCUAGGAGGUGAUUUGUAAAUCGGGCGUCCCGAGCACCGCCCUGUGUAAAAGAUCUCUGCCGAUCGCUGUAACCCUGGCAGAGACAUGUGGGACACCCAGCCAGGCAGAUAUAGCAGCAGCUGGAGACACUGAGUGUUCCCCUCCUCGGUCAAACAGCCGCCGCUCCGUCAGGUGCACCCACCGUACAGCCAGCAUGGAGAUCUCACUUGCAAAUCAUGGUGGCAGCGCGUCGCCCAACAUAGAGCGCGCCCACCAGGCAUUCAGGGACCGCUGGAAAGAGACAGACGAGUCCAUGUGUCGCCACAGCAUGUCCUUCCACCUGCAGCACGCGCUGAGGAGCGAGUUCUUCGCCAGCUACCUGUACCUGAUUGAGUUGAUGCCCGUGGUGAAGCUGUUUCCCGUCACCUGUGAGUACAUCCAAGGAGAGAAACAGUUCUACUACAGAGCUCAGCAGUUCUACGAGGACGUCCCCGCCUCGGAGGAAGGCAUGCUGGGAGAUUUUAUGGAGAUAGGCAACGUCGAUCUGGAGGGUUCCCGGCAGUUUCUGAAGAGGUUUGUGGGUCCUGGUAAGGCGGGCACCCACUGCGCCCUGGACUGUGGCUCCGGGAUCGGCCGCGUGUCCAAAGGCGUCCUCCUUCCUGUGUUUGAGAAGAUGGAGUUGGCCGACAUGAUGGAGCACUUCCUGCUGCACGCACACGAGGAGUACCUCGGCGACGACGCCGACCGCAUCGAGACGUAUUACUGCUACAACCUGCAGGAGUUCACGCCCCCCAAACACAAGUACGACGUCGUCUGGAUGCAGUGGGUGGCGUGCCACCUAACCGACAAGGACCUGAUGAACUUCCUGAUGCGCUGUAAGAAGAGUCUGCGUCCCAACGGCGUGAUCAUCAUGAAGGACAACAUGGCGCGGCAGGGCUGCAAGCUGGACCCCAUCGACAGCAGCAUCAGCCGCCACCUGGACAUCAUGAAGUGCAUCAUCGCCAAGGCGGGCCUGGAGGUCCUGGCGGUGGAGAAGCAGGAAGGCUUCCCAGAGGUCAUCAUGCCCGUCUGGAUGAUUGCCAUGAAAUAGAAGUGACAUCCACCGU